GUUAAUUUAAAUUUAACGCAGUAAGAUCAGAAUGCCUAUAAAAUCUAAGCAUAUGACUUUUGAUAUUCCCGAAGUAACCUUGAGCAAUUUUUUUCUGUCGGGUAUCAAGGAAUAUGGCGACGAUGUCGCUUUGAUCGAUAACAUCAUCGAAGAAAAGAUACUCACUUUCAGACAAAUUCACGAACAAAUACAAUCCUGUGGGAAAUUUUUUCAAAAGCAAAAUAUAGGCAAAGGCGAUGUUGUUGGCCUGGUUGUUCCGAAUUGUGUGGAAUAUAUAAUAGCAAUGAUGGGAGCGAUAUGUUGUGGGGCAGCUAUAUCACCUUGUAAUCCAUUAUAUAAAAAAGGGGAAAUGCAGCAUAUUUUUAAAAUUACUGAACCAAAAGUACUUAUCGUAUCCGAGAAAAGCAUCGAUAUUGUGAAGCAAGUUCUUGAAAAUAACCCAGCGAAUCAAGUUCAAAAAAUCAUAGUUCAUGGGACUAGCAAUGAAUUUGUAACCUGGGAUGAAGUGAUUCUGUCAAAUAAUGGGAAUAAAGAAAACUUCGUGCCUACUUGCAAAAUAUCACCAAAGAAAGAUUUGGCCAUCUUACCAUACUCAAGUGGAACUACAGGAAUGCCGAAAUGUGUUAUGCAAACUCAUAAGAGUAUGGUCGCGACGAUGUUAAGUUUUUGGCAUCAUUUUGGCUAUAAGCGAGGAGAAACUUACUACAACGAAAGACCGAUGUUUCACGGAGGUGGUUUCGUACUCGUGUUGACUGCACUACGAGGUGGUUUACGUGUAGUUAUGGAUCAAGAGUUUACCGUUGAAGGAACUUUAUCUGCCAUACAAAAAUACAAGGUAAAUCACAUGUUUGUAGUGCCAUCGAAUUUGCUGCAACUAUCACAGACAGAAUUGCACCACAAAUAUGAUACAACAUCGUGGAAAACAUCUAUGACUGGUGGUGCGUCAAUUCCAAUUACAGUAUCGAAAGUUGUCAUUGAUCGUUUCAGCAUUAAAUUGAUCCCAGUUUACGCCAUGACGGAAUGCUGCCCUAUAUCUUGGAAGGAAAAUGACGACUUGGUCAUUGAUUCAGCUGGCUCAGUCUGUGUCAACUCUGAAAUUAUGAUAGUCGAUCCAAAUACAGAUAAAGAAUUGAAAUCAGACCAGGAAGGUGAAAUAUGGAUAAAAGGCCCACAAAUGACCUCUGGUUAUUAUAAAAAUACGGAGGCAACAGAGCAGACAAUUAGUAAGGAUGGAUAUCUUCGCACAGGCGAUGUAGGAGGUAUUAAGAAUGAAAAGCUUUAUGUGCUUGGUCGAUUUAAGGAGGCUAUCAAGUAUAAAACUUUACAGGUACCUUCUGCUGAAAUAGAGAAUGUGCUGUUGAGUCACCCCGAUGUUGAAGAUGCUGGCGUGGUUGGCGUCCCUGAUCCGCUUUGUGGGGAGAUACCGAAAGCCUUUGUUGUGCGAAAAGUUAAAUCACUUACAGAGGAUGAACUUCAUAAGUUAAUUAAAAGUGAACUCGUCGAUUACAAACAGUUGAGGGGCGGAAUCCAAUUUGUCAACAGAAUACCAAAAUCAAAACUUGGAAAACUAAAUCGCGUAGAACUGAAGAAAUGGGCGGCGCAAAAAGAGAACUAACUAAUUUCUAGAUUGCAACUUUAAAUUCACUCUUUUUUUUUCAUGUCGUUCAAAUCAUUUUGUGAAUGUGUGGGAAAAUUAUCUCAAAAGUAAACUCUGAUUUUCUUGUUAUUUUACCGAAUUUUCAAAAGUGUAUUUUAUCCCCGGUAUCGAAGCCACGUUGAAUCUUUUCCUUUGAGCUAUCACGAAUUUAGAUAUAUUAUGAA